AUGGAAUCUCUUAUUAAAACAGAACCUUUGUACAACAUCUCAUAUGCAAAAGAAUCACCAGGAAUCUACUUCGACUACAUCUCCGACAUGCAUACAACAGCUGCAAAUUGGGAGAUAGCAAUAUAUUUAAAUGUGUCCAUUUAUCAGGCACAUUAUUUACAAAUCAAAAAUUUUCAGAUUGAAACUCUAGGACUUUGCAAUGAAGCGACCGAAAGUUUUUCAAAUGAAUGCAGUUUCUUAUGCUUAAAAAAGAAAUUUUAUACUUCUGACAUUUGUUCGUUGUUUAAGAAUACAUCAGAAAAAGUUUUGACCGAAUUUGAAUUUGAGACUAACAAAUUACUCCAAAUAGUUGAAGAACAGGAUCAUUCAAAACAUAAACGUAAUGUAGCCAGCAGUAUAAAAGAAAUGAUAUAUACUCUGUUCGGGUCUAUAAAAAUAGACGAUGUUUAUAAAUUAUACUCAAAUAUCAGAACAAUGAUAAAAAAUGGACAGAAAUCUCAAAAUUUAGCAGAAAGUAAAUUAAUAAUUACUCCUGCGAAUACUAAUGAUGCAAUAAUGAUCAAUAAACCAAGUAUAGACGCAACGACGGAAAUACAAAAUAACAUAAGACAAAUUCGCCGAUUUAUUUUAUCAGAACGAGAAGAGUUUAGUGAUGAAAAUAUCAAAAUUAUAUUGGAAAAUCAAAUUUUAAAUCUAAAAUUAAUAUAUAACCAAUAUGCUUUAGAAAUAGGAAAAAUUAUUCAAAUCUUACAUUCGGCUAUGUAUGGGAAGUUACACCCUUUAGUAAUAUCAUCAAAUCAAUUAUUAGAUAAAAUUAAAUUGAUAAAAUUAAAUCUUUCACCUGACUUAAACAUUCCUGUAAAAUUAGAUGUAUCUGGUAUGUCUGAACUGUAUAGAAUAAUGCAAACUACAAUCGUUAAAAGUAAUGAUUUAAUUAUAUUCAUCAAUACGAUUCCUUUAGUAUUAAGUAACAUGUAUAAACUAUAUAAUGUUCUACCAAACCCGGUAUAUUUAGAAAAUAAUAGAUUUAUGUUUAUACAACCUAGGUUUAAGUUUAUAGCCAUAACUAUUGAUCAGGAAUAUUUUAUUAACUUAAGCGAAAAUGAUGUUAGUUUGUGUACUGAUACAAACCGUUUUAAAAUUUGUAAAAACUUUUUAGCCAAAAGGGUAGUGACAUCAAACGAAUGUGAAAUAAAUUUAAUUUCUUACUCAGAUGUUACAGAAUUAGCAGAUUUUUGUAAAAUAAAAUACACUUCAUUUAAACAUGGGAUUUUUCAUAAACUUAUGUCUUCAAACUCGUGGAUUUUCACGGUAACAAACCAAAAUGUAAUUUUAACGUGUUUCAAUGUAGAUUCAAUAACAGAAGUAUUAACUGGAUCAGGAAUAUUAUCACUAAGCGAACAAUGUUCCGCAAUUUCAGGAGGUUAUCGCAUGAUUCCGUUUAGAACAAUUUAUUCAGAAUUAAAAUCAGAUUUCAUACCAACUAUGAAUUUAACUAAAUAUAUACAUAAUGUUAACACAAUAAAAGAAUAUGUAUCCCCAGAAGUAGUAUUUUCAAAGUAUAAAGAUGAUAAUGAAGUCACUAUCCCAAAAGAUAAUUUAGAUUAUAAGAAAUCUUCAAUUUAUAUAAACUGUUAUGUUAUUGGUUUAAUAAUACUAUGUUGUUUACUAAUAAUUAUUCUGUCAAUUAUCACAAUAAAAAAAAUAUUUAAUUUUAAGAAAAUUAAAAAUGUCAAUGUAAACCAACCGAGUUCGACGGAACAAAAUAAACAAAACCAAGAUGAACUUAAAAUAAGAAAAGGAAAAUCAUUACCCAAAAUAAUUGUUUAA